CCAACCCCGUCCCGCUUCCCUUUAAUCCUGAGGCGGCUUCCGGCCGCCGUUUCCCGCCGGCGCCGCCAUGUUCCUGCAGUGCUACGAGAACGAGCGCGGGGAGCGCGUCUACACCCUGAGGAAGGUGUCCCCGGCCGGGGUCCCCACGCGCUCGGCCCAUCCCGCCCGCUUCUCCCCCGAUGAUAAAUUCUCCCGGCACCGCCUGGCCCUCAAGCGCCGCUUUGGGGUGUUGCUGACGCAGCGAGGCCGGACCCUGCUGUGAGCGACCCCAGAAAUCCCCCCGGGAUCCUCACGCCGUGAGGGACCCCGAAAACCCCCGGGGAGGACGAGGAGGAGGAGGCAUCAAAUCAGGAUGCAAAUGAACUGAAAUGGGAGGGAAGGGAUGUUUUUAAACAGGAUAAAAUUUUAAUUAUUAAACGGUUGGGCUGUCGAGAGUC